AUGUUAUUAAUCAUUUUAGCUAUUUCAAUUGCAAUAAUUUAUUUUUACAUCACUGACUACUAUAGAUUUUUCGAAAAGCUUGGAUAUCCUUGUGUCAAACCAUCAUUUCCUUUUGGAAGCUUUAAAAAUGUUGGUAGAUCUGAACAUAUAAGUGAAUUUAUGAGAAGAGAAUACGAAAAUUUCAAAGAUAAAGGACCAGCUUUUGGCGUCUACCAAGCCUUUAGAAAAACAUUAGUUCUUACUGAUUUAGAUGCAAUUAAGGAUGUUUUAGUUAAAAGAUUUGAUAUUUUCUAUAGCCAUGUUAUUGAUUUUGCAUUUUCAAAUGACACACUGUUUCACAGUUUAUUCUUUGUGGAUGGACAAAGAUGGAAAGACAUGAGGGCAGUCCUGACACCAGUUUUUUCAAGCAGUAAAAUUAGAUUAAUGUUUCCCAGCAUAUCAAAACAAUCAGAUCGGAUGAUUGAAUAUAUCAAGCAAACAUGUGGAAAUAAGGAUUGUUGUGAAUUAGGCAACAUUUAUUCAUCAUACACAACGGAAGUAAUUGCCAAUGUAGCCUUUGGACUUGAUAUUGAAUGCCUUGGAAAUCCAGAGAAUGAAUUUUACAAAGCUGCUUAUGAGUUUCUUAAUCCGUCUUCAUCUGGAAGAGUGAAAGCUCUUCUAAUGAUGAGUUUUCCUAAAAUUGCCAACCUCUUCGGAAUGUCAUUAAAUUCUAAAGGAACUAGAGAAUUUUUCAAUAAAGUUGUACGCGAUAAUAUUGAGUACCGAGAAAAGAACAACAUCCAUAGAAAUGAUUUCUUUCAACAAAGGAUUAGAAUUCUUCAUAAUAAAACUGAAAUGACUAUGGAGGAAAUAGUUGCCAACUGCUUUAUUUUUCUUCUUGCUGGCUUUGAGACCAGUUCAAGUACACUUACAUUUUGUUCUUACGAACUUGCAUUGAAUCAAGAUGUCCAAGAUCGUUUGAGGGAAGAAAUUUUUGAAGUUCUUGAAAGGCACAAAGGUGAAGUGACUUAUGAAGCAAUAAUGGAAAUGAAAUAUCUAGAGAUGGUAUUACUUGAGACUCUUAGAAAAUAUCCAAUCCUUGAAGCUCAAACUAGACGAGCUGCGAAAGAUUAUCAGAUUCCAAAUAGCAAAUUAGUGAUCCCAGCAGGAACUGUGGUACUGAUUCCAACUAUUGGAUUUAAUUACGAUGAAACGCAUCAUUAUGAACCUGAAAAGUUUGAUCCAGAAAGAUUUAAUGAGGAAAAUGUGAAAGCACGUGAACCAUUUGUGUUUCUACCGUUUUCUGAAGGCCCCAGGUUUUGCAUUGGAAAUAGAAUCGGACCUGUUCAAACAAAAAUCGCUUUGGUUAAGCUUUUGAAAAAUUUCUCCAUCCAUCCAUGCACUAAGACCUUAAUUCCAUUGGAAAUAUCACCAAGUAGUUUGUUGCAAGCUCCGAAAGGUGGAAUGUGGUUGAAAGUUGAAAAACUUUCUUAA